AUGGCUUCCUCGGCCUCUGCAGACGCUCCUUCUCUUCUCCUCCUAGCCUCGCCUCCAGACCCCGCAACCCCAGAUGCACUUCGAGCUGCGUACCGACGUCCCUUGGCCGCCGUCAUUUCUCGACUCAGCCAUGAGAAUAGGCCAAACACUCCCCGAGACGUAGCACCCGUUCUAGUCGUCGCCGUCGCGUCACCAGUCCUCGCAAAAUCCGAUGCUGCCCCAGCAAGAGAAACCCAUGGCCGAUCCGUAGAUUGGUCGCGUUCCCAAUCCCUCCUGGCCGGUCUAUACGCCCUCGUGGCAGUCAUUUGCGCAGAAAGGUCCAUCGCCACCGAUUUGGCGGCCGACGAUCCCGGUGCUGUUGAUGUUCGGUUGCUUCUUAUUGAUCAUGAUCAAUCGUCCGCUUCGGACUAUCGGCCGGGCCCCAAUGGAUCCUACGAGCCGAAUAACACGACUGUGUUGGACUUGGCUGCUUUUGCCACCUUGGUUCGUCCGUGGAGGUGCAUUUUUCAUCCUAGCAGUGAAGCGGGCCAUCGGCUGCACGCUGCCUAUCUCAAGUACGCGUCAGGAAAACAAAGGUUCCUCCAGAGUCAACUCGUAGCCGUCGAUGGUGGCCUAACUCUGUCACAACAAAUUGCAAACGACGAAGCUUCUGCCCGACAACGCAAGCGUCCCGCCAAGAGCUACACCUCGGUCUGCCUCGGCGGGACAUUCGACCAUCUACAUCCUGGUCACAAAUUGUUUCUCCAUGCGGCCGUUCUCUUGUUAAACCUCGAAGAGGAGUCGUCUGCUGAGAAGCCGCGAUGCGAACUGGUGAUUGGCAUAUCUAGCGACGAGUUGCUCGCCAAGAAAAAAUACGCCGACCAGCUUCAGUCAUGGGACGUUCGUGCCCGUUUCGUCAUCAACUUCCUCGCCACGCUACUGAAUUGGUGCACCACGUCAACCACGGACACGAAGGCCGUGCAGGCUGAAACCAAGGAACUGCACGCCACUUUCCGGAACGGCGCCAUUCUGGUGCGAUGUGUAGACUUUCACGACCUCUAUGGACCCACGGUCAAGCAACAGUCAAUCCAGGCACUAGUCGUCUCCGGGGAGACUCGAAGUGGUGGCCAAGCCGUCAAUGACAAGAGGCACAGCCAAGGGUGGCCGAUUUUGGACAUUUACGAAAUUGACGUGCUCGAUGCCGGCAUUGAUUCUGUCGAGGGUGGUGGCAGUGGCAAUGGCAAUGGCAACGCGACGUCGAGUGCCAACUUUGAAAGCAAAAUCAGCAGCACCGAGAUUCGUAAGCAAAAGGCGCAGAGGCUUGCAAGCUCUCGUGUUGAACCAAGUGAGGACGUGAAGCCAUAG